AUGUUAGGCCUCGCUGUUUUGGCAAUGUCGGCCAUUGUUAAAGCAUCAAAUGGUCUAGCGUUGAAAGGAACCUGCGUUCGUCGACGGUCAGACAAUGAAAAAGCUGUGUUAGAGAGGAUGCCAGGUGAUCGCAACCAUCGAGAAAGAAAGCAAGUAGAUGAGAGUGAAGAUCUGAUGUUGGAAGAAGUGCACCCACUGGCGAUAGUAUUUGAGGCGGUAGGUGAUAAGUCAUGGCCGCGUGCUAAUAGUGAUGCUGGUUCAUCAACUGCGUCCGAAUAG